CCGGCGCGCCCGCCGCCGGAAGUGGCCUUCUAAACCGGAGGGUUGCUCGGGCUGGGACAUGGCGGCCAUUCCCCCGGACUCCUGGCAGCCGCCCAACGUCUACUUGGAGACCAGCAGCUCCCGGUAUGUAGUGAGGGAGACAUGACGGGAUGAGCAGGAGGGCAGCCUGAACAAACUGCUAUCAUGGGGAUCAUCGGGCUGGAGCUCUACUGGAAGCACGCACCCAAGACCUGCAAGAACUUCGCGGAGCUGGCUCGGCGGGGUUACUACAACGGCACCAAGUUCCACAGAAUCAUCAAGGACUUCAUGAUCCAGGGUGGCGACCCCACAGGGACAGGUCGAGGUGGUGCAUCCAUCUAUGGCAAACAGUUUGAAGAUGAGCUUCAUCCAGACCUGAAAUUCACCGGGGCUGGAAUUCUUGCAAUGGCCAAUGCAGGGCCAGACACCAAUGGCAGCCAGUUCUUUGUGACCCUUGCCCCCACCCAGUGGCUCGAUGGCAAACACACAAUUUUUGGCCGAGUGUGCCAGGGUAUAGGAAUGGUGAAUCGAGUGGGUAUGGUGGAAACAAACUCCCAGGAUCGCCCUGUGGACGACGUAAAGAUCCUUAAGGCAUACCCUUCUGGAUAGACUUGCUGCCCUUGGGGCACACCAGGAUUCUGUCAUAGCCCCAGUGAACCCGCGUUGGGGGCCUAGAGCGACUUGUAACUUAAGCUCCAUCUUGGUUUUGUGUAUCAUGGAGCUCAGCCUGGGGGCUUGUGAGUUAGCGGUGGAAGUGUAUUCUCUUCCUCCAGCGCCUGAGUUACCAGGACAUUUGCAGACAUGCCUGCCAGUGUCUAGUCACCGGUUCCUGCUCACUGCAAGUGCCCAUGUCUCCUGCCACCCUUGGAGUGAAAGGAAGCAGGCAGGUUGCUGUAUGGUGCCUCCCCCGCUGUUCCUGGGGAGACUCGUGUUCGCCGUACACCACGGGCUGGUGGCUGUCAGCUUUUCAACUGAGCACGGCCCCUCCAGCCUCAGCGUGCAGCCCCUCUCUGUAUUCUCCUCAGCACCAGAACAUCAACACUGCUGUUUCUGACACUUAAACAUCCCACGCAAAGCCACAUUGAAUUUCUGCCAGAUGAAAAACGCAUCCAACAAUCAAGUUUCUGAGAAGGUGUCAAGUGGGGAAUGAUAAUGUGUAAUAAUCGAGAAAUGAAUCUAUUAAAAGGAAGCCUAAGCCCUGACCAUUCCUCCCGGGCAGGAGCAGAAGUCUGCACCCAGGACAGACCAUCCUCCUCACCAGCACUCUCACAAGGAACUGGACAAGAGGCCUUUGUACAUGACAGUUUGGUUUUUUAAUCUUUCUGGUUUGCAGGCUAGUAGGGGUAGGGGUAAGAGGAAGGAAGUUAAUACCUAUGUAAUACAUAGAAAUUUCCAGAAUAAAAAGUACCAUUGGUGGUUGAA